AUUCAAACGACGUCGUUCGUACAUAUAUUAUUCCCGUCUCUCAACGUGGCCGUGGCACAAUACGAAGAAUCUCAGAUAUGCCAAUUUCAUUUUCUCGACUGGGAAAUUCCAUCCCCUUCUCCGGCCUGUUCAGGCAACUGGAGCAAGAGAUGGAAACUGUCAUAAGGGUUUUGCAGCCUGGACCUCUGGGAAUUAUUGAACACAAGUUUUCUGCUGAGGAGAUGCGCCAGGCACAAUCUACUGUUCGGGAAGCAGUUAAUAAUUGGCGAAGGAAUACAAGCAUUGAAAAACAAAGCAAGUAUUUCAAGUAACCAUAUCUUGGAGAGAAACUGUUUCCAUAGCGAUCUUCAAAGACAUCUUUUGUAAUUUCCUAUUAGAUUCUCAAUAAAAAUGAGGUUAAACAAUGACAUUGAGUAAAAAAAUAUGAUAUUGAUAACACUAAUGAACCUCCAGGGUAUUUUACAUUCGCUUGAAGAAAGUUUUAUGGGUCAUCCAAACAAGGUGGGAGGAAGUGUGUAGCAGCUAUAGAAGGACAUGUGGAUCUUUUCCUUUGUAAAUUUUGUUAGUAACAGAACGUAGUGAUAAGACACAUCCGAACAGAGUGACGAAGAGUGUGAUGUGAGGGUGGGAAGUAGUUAGUCAUAUAAUAGGGAAGCACUGGGGACUUCGAUGUUCAUUUUGGAGAGCACUUGAAUGUAUUUCUUUGUAAAUUCAAUAUACUAUCAAAUUCACUUCUCUAAAUCUAUAAGAAUUUUAUAAUGGCUUAGCACA